AUUCUAACUUGGAUCGUGGUGAAAAGUGGUUGUGCCUCAUUUCUCUGGCUCAAGGUUCCAAAGACUUGCUCUUCUACUUCUGACCACUUUUGCAAAAGAAAAAUAAAGUGCACAGUGUUUUCCGGGGCAUUGCAAUUCCUGUUGCUUUUGGUACUUUCACCCAGCUUCCGACAUCUAUCACAUCCCAAGAAAUGGAUUACUGUGGAUUGCAGUGAAAUAUACAUUUGGGAUUUUUUUUUCUUCUUUUACUCUUGGUGUAAGAUCAUCAUGGAAAAUCAAGGAUAUCCUGUGGAUAAGUGCUCCAAAUAUCUGUGACAAUUAUGGCCAGAUCAUCCAAAAAGAAAUCAUGAUAGUAAUUUGACAAAAAAAUCUAAGCCAUAGAGGAACUUUUUUUUAAAAAAUUUUCUUCUUCCAAAGAUUGAAUCUCAAUCUCCUCUACAACAAAAAAAAUCAAAUUAAAAUAUUUGUGCUAAAAAAAUGCCAGAAUCUCUUGGAAAAUUUAGUGCUAUUGUGAUUUUUCUAGGUUUAAUUGAAGUUUCACAAGGACUUCUCUUUGCAAACACUGGAGUUUACGACAUUAAUCCCUUCAAGUGCAUCCUCAGUAGGACAACUGUGUGUCCUCAUGAGGAAAUUGACUUCUUCAUGUUCACCAAUGCAGUCCGGCGUGGUAGACAAAUUGAUGUUCGACACCCCAAGACUAUCACACAGGCAGGUUUUCAGCCCAAACACGAAACAGCCAUCAUCAUACACGGCUUCAAUGGCACGCAAAAUAGCAAACACGUUAUGUACCUCAAAGACGCGUAUCUUUCGCGUAAAUUCAACGUUAUCACAGUGGAUUGGUUCAGGUUGACGCAGUAUCCGUGCUACCUGACAGCCUUAACAAAUACAAGAGUAGUGGCCCAGUGUACAGCUCAAGUUUAUGCUUUUCUGACCCAUAUAGGAGCCAGUCGACAUCGAAUAACAUGCGUGGGUCACUCACUUGGUGCACAUAUCUGUGGUAUGAUGGGCAAUCAUCUAACAUCGCGACAAUACAAAAUAAUCGGUUUGGAUCCGGCGAGACCACUUGUGGAAAAUCAUGCCUCGCAGACGUUCAGGUUGACACGCGAUGAUGCCAAGAUUGUACAAGUUAUUCAUACAAAUGCUGGCAAGUUGGGACAAUUGUCAUCUUCAGGAACGGUAGACUUUUGCGUCAACGGUGGACGUCAACAACCCUACUGCAAGGGCCAUCCGAUAAGAAGAUCUCGGUGUAGUCACUUCUUGUCGGUUUGCUACUUGGCAAACUUAAUCUUCCACCACAAGAAAGUCAUUGGAGUUCCUUGUCCUCAUGGCUGUGUCUACUUAAAGAGGAAUCACCUUCCUCUCUACACAAACAAUCCACACAAGAUUCGCAAUUUGGUCCAGUACAUGCACAUUGGCCAAGAUACUCCAGAUCAUGUAACCGGCACAUAUUGUGUCCAAGUCGAUUAUGCCAAACAUUGUCCAUUCAAUGAUAGACAAUAAGUUUAGGGAAGAAAAAAAAAUCAUGUAGAGAUUCAUCGUUGUACAGUGUUAUUGCUCUAUGGAUUAAGACUUUAGCUAUUAAGUGUUUUGCCUUAGUUUAAGCGUGUGUUUUGGAAUAAAGCUCUCAAUUCACAAAGA